UCGUCACAGGCGCACACAACUGAGCCAGUCACUAAAGAAAAUACUAGGAAAGAUGCUAAAAAUCUGCCUCAGCUUCUACAGCCUCACAUUUAACUGCUCAUUGUAACCUGUAGUUUGAGCUGUGUUGUUUCCAUCUGUGGUUUGGAUCAACAUGAGCAGCUUUUGUUUGUUGACAGUCAGUGGAUUGAGCUCGCUAAGUGCGCAGCAGCAACUGAGGCUCUUAUUAUCCUGGUAGCUAACGUUAGCUCCACAGCUGCUGCUGCUGCUGCUGUGUGUGGCCAGCCAGCCCUGCCUGCAUUAUCCACCGGACAGCUUCUUUUUACUCAAGACACAGCAACAUGAAUCUGUUCCGUCUCGUGUGCCGCCACAAGACAGCCCUGGUUAUUGGAACAGUUUGCAGCUUUGCCAUAGUUCUUGUCUUCUUGGCCAAAUGUACCUCAGAAACCUUGAAGCAGGGACACCCAGGUCCCCCAGGCCAGGCUCCCCGUGCCAACGCUUUGCAAUCCCAUCCAGAGCAGCAUAAUCCUCCCUCUACAGUGAAAGACUCUGCAUUCCUUGUGGUCCUCAUCACAACUGGACCUAAGUACACAGAGCGGAGGAGUAUCAUCCGAAGCACCUGGCUUGCUAAGCGGGACUCUGAUGUUCUGGCCAUGUUUGUGGUGGGAACUCAGGGCCUUCCCAGUGAGGACCUUCAGAACCUUAACACAGAGCAAGGACGCCACAAAGACCUGCUCUUACUGCCUGACUUACGAGAUUCGUACGAGAACUUAACACUGAAGCUGAUCCACAUGUACUCCUGGCUGGACCAGAAUGUGGAAUUCAAGUUUGUUCUUAAAGCAGACGAUGACACGUUUGCUCGCUUGGACCUGCUUAAAGAGGAGCUGAAGGGGAAAGAGCCCAGCCAGUUGUACUGGGGCUUCUUCUCAGGGAGGGGCCGAGUGAAAACAGCCGGCAAGUGGCGGGAAAGUGCUUGGGAGCUUUGUGACUACUACUUACCGUACGCACUGGGUGGGGGCUACGUCCUCUCAGCUGACUUGGUACAUUAUGUACAUCUGAAUGCUGCUUACUUUAAGACGUGGCAGAGUGAAGAUGUGUCACUUGGCGCCUGGUUGGCACCAGUUGACGUUCGCCGGACACAUGACCCACGCUUUGACACAGAGUAUAAGUCACGUGGUUGCAACAACAAAUAUUUGGUAACGCAUAAGCAGAGCUUGGAGGACAUGUUGGAAAAACACCAGACUCUGCAGCGUGACGGCAGGCUGUGCAAAGAGGAAGUCAAGCUACGAUUGUCAUACAUCUAUGACUGGAGCGUGCCACCCUCGCAGUGUUGCCAAAGGAAGGAUGGCAUCCCUUAGCUUUUGUCUUUUUACAUGGUAGAAACUGGUUUUUAAUUGAUGUCCUCUAAAUAUGUACAGCAGUAAGGGAUAGUGUCUGUGAAUCCAUGAUGUCAAAGAAGCCACAGAUGACUUUGUGUUCCUCGUGGUUACUGUGUGGUAGGGCUGUGACUUUUUAAUCCGAAAUUCAGAUAUCAAUUCAAACUUGGGAGGGAGAUUUCAAAGUCACAACUUAAAAUCCUGUUUGAGUUUAAAAUAGACAUCCUAGAAGCCCAUCAGACCUUUUAAGUUAGCUGAAUGCCCCCUUGGCCCAUCAGAAAAAUAAGAAGACGAGCAGACAAUCACGGCCAAGGCAUCUGGAAAACAGCAUGUGUAGGUAUUUUGAGUGCUGUAACAUAGAUAGCAAAGUAAUGAACAAAUCUGCCGACUGACCUGCUAGUUUAGCUGUUAGCUUCACCCAAGUGAAGCGGCGGAGGAAGCCUCACGGACAACUUUCCGUAAUAAUAAAUCAUGUCACAUUUCUGUAUGUGUGAGGGGAAAUAUUCAAAUAUGUAUGUCAUGAAAUAUUAUUUCGAAAACAUGACAGCCUAAUGUAGAUUAACAGAGCCUGGGAUUGACGACCGCCUCUGCCACUGAUCCACGGCUGCCCCAUAUUGUGUCAUAAUGUUUUGUGUCAUAAUAAGCACCCGAGGGUUAAAAAACAUGAUAAAUGCUAUGCUCGUUAUUGCCUUAGGUUUAGGUAAUUUGUCCUGUAAAUUGAGUGAUCAUUUGGCAAAGAUGAAAACAGAAUAAGCAAGGCUUGAAGGGGAUAAAAAAUAUAUAUAAAAUAAGUGGUGUUGUUUUGUCUGAUACUGUUACAGUGUUCAAUUUUAAAAGCAUGUCAAGUUAAAAACAGAAAACUUUCUUAGUCAGAAAACAGGGCCGUUAAUUGCCACAAAUUAAGUGCCGCAUUUAAAAAAACUGAUUUUUUUCUAUCAAAACGGGGUUUUACGUUGA